ACCUUAUUUUCUAUUCAAUUAGCUGGAAAGGAAUCUUCACAGAAAUAUACCAUAAAGGCACAAUCUCGUUUUUACAAAUCCAUUCUUCAUAGUUAUUCCCACCUUCCUCUCCUCCAUUUCAGGAUGAGAAUGGAGUGAGGGGAAGGUGGGGGGCGUUGUUCAUUUCGGUUUGGCAUUAUAUUUUCUUGAAAGGGAAAGGAGAGCGUCUGGAAUCUGGAUUCUCGUUCCUUCAAAUUAAUACAUCGUCAAGGCUGUUGUGAGAGUGAGAAGUCCAGGCAUUGCUUUUUUUUUGCUGAAUGAAGAUACACAUUCGAUGCCUUCGAUCAAGUGGAAGGGCACUAAAUGUGUUUGUAGGCCAACUUUGUUCUAAAUGCACAAGACAAGAUGAUACUUCUACUAUGCAAAGCCAGACCACUGGUAGCACAUGUAUACAUGGGUUGUUCACAGCGUCCGGUAAAGAUGAAUCCACAGCUGUAGCCGAAGUUGCUGCUGCUGAUGGAAAUACAGAAGUGUCCAAUGUCCAGUUGAAAGAGAAGUCAGUUAUCGGUUUUGAUCCUCCUAGGAAGCCGAGUAAAAGACAUAGACUCAAAAUCUGGAUCAGCACUCGGCACAGCGGCGUGAUUGGACGAUAUGGUAAUAAAACAGAAUCAGGUAUCUUCAGUGGGGCGAAGCGGUUCUCAUCUGAACAUUCGAAUGCUGGAUGGCCCGAUUGGCUUGUGAAUGUGGCACCUGAAGCAGUGCAAGGCUGGCCCCCCCGGCGAGUAGAUUCAUUUGAGAAAAUAAGCAAGAUUGGACAAGGAACUUAUAGCAGUGUUUACAAAGCUCGGGAUAUUAAAACAGGCAAGGUUGUUGCGCUUAAGAAGGUGCGAUUUGUCAAUUCGGAUCCUGAAAGUGUGCGCUUUAUGGCCCGAGAAAUAUGUAUUCUUCGGAAACUCAAUCAUCCUAAUGUUAUAAAACUGGAAGGGAUAGUAACAUCUCCUGUUUCAGAAUGCCUGUAUCUUGUCUUUGAAUACAUGGAACAUGACCUUGUUGGCCUUGCUGCAACUCUAGACCUCAAGUUCACCGAGUCACAGGUCAAGUGCUUGUUGCAACAGAUACUUAGUGGCCUUGAUCAUUGCCACAGCAUUGGAGUUCUUCAUCGUGACAUGAAGGGCGCCAACCUCUUGAUUGAUAGCAAUGGUUUUUUGAAGAUUGCUGACUUUGGUCUAGCAACACUUUAUGAUCCUGGGAGUCAGCAACCAAUGACAAGCCGUGUUGCAACAUUGUGGUACAGACCACCAGAACUUCUGCUUGGUGCUACCAGGUACAGUGCUGCUGUGGACAUGUGGAGCACAGGGUGUAUUUUUGCAGAGUUGCUGACUGGCAAGCCAAUCAUGCCAGGCAGAACAGAGGUGGAACAAAUUCACAGGAUUUUUAAGCUCUGCGGAUCACCUUCUGAUGAGUACUGGCAGAAACUGGAAGUGCCCCCAACAGGGAUGUUCAAGCCCCACCGCCAGUAUAAACGGUGCAUUGCCGAGAAUUUCAAAGAUUUGCCUCCAGAAGCUCUAGUUCUUUUAGACAACUUGCUUGCAUUCGAGCCAGAAGCUCGUGGAACAGCUGCUUCUACUCUUCAGAGUGACUUUUUCAGAACGGAGCCACUUGCUUGCAGCCCUUCAUGCUUACCAAAGUGUCCACCGAGCAAAGAAUACGAUGCUAGACUCCGGCAAGAGGAAGCUAAGAGGCAAAGGAAGGCAGAAUCUGUUAGACCAGGAAUCGGGAGUCCUACAGAAAACCACACUGCACAUGGUCCCAUUAAAUCAAAGAGACUUGUUACCAACACAAAGUUCAAUAAUACAAAUCUCAAUCCAAAGGAUGAUCCAUCGGCAUUGGUUAAUGAGGCGCAACCUCUAGAAUUUGAUUCCACGUGGAACAAGGGGGGCAACAGUUAUACUACCCAUCAUGAAGUACCUGAACGCAAAUACAGAUCUGCGCGGGUGGCAAAUUCUAUUGCUUCAAGGACAAGUGAGUCGGACUUGCUUCAACCUAAAUCGACUGAUGUAAGGAAUGGUAUGCCUGCUGCUCGCAACAAAGACAUGGGAGCAAAAGGCCCGAUGACGAAUCACAAGGGUAUGAGCAAAAGAAUCCACUACUCUGGUUCAAUAAUUACAAAAGAUGGAAACAUGGAGGAUAUACUCAGGGAACAUGAACGUAAUAUUCAAGAAGCAGUGCGCAAAUCACGCGGUCCGACAAGAACGGAGAGUUGUAAAAGAGAUGAGUGAGGUCGAACUGUCAAGGUACCAAGACACCCUACGUUCCCAAGUUCAAAGUCCUGAAAUGGCAGUACUUCAUUCUUCCACAAAGCAUAUUUGGGCAAUGGCAGUACGUGUUAAAUUAGUUGAGAAGAACUACUGCUAAUAUGGAAAAAUGAUGCUUGGGUCAUAUGGUGGCCAUUUUUCUACAGCUCAAGGUCGAUACAAGAAUUUGGGCAAUGACAUUAUUUCUGAGCAACACGAUGUCUGGUCAGCCAAAUGAGCAUGUGUUGCCUUCUGUAAAGAAGUUUUUAUGGUGGGAGUGGGGCAUGGUAAAACUUAGGGGUUGGAGGUUUGAGAAUACAAGCCAAGGUUUAUAAUUUUGGCAGUUUGUGGUCCUUGUAUUUUGUCUUCGCAAAGAUAUCUAAAGUACAAGAGUUCCAGGGAA